AUGGAGAGGUGUGCUGAUCCAUUACUACAACUCGAAAUUGACGAGUGGAUUCUUGACUACCUAAUAUUCUCCGCUAUCAAGGCUUUGUUGGAAGACUACAAAGGCACGAAAGAUGCGCCCGCCGAUGCAUCCGACAAGCAAGAGCGAGCGAGCGUGUGCUUACAGCUUGUGGACUCUUUCUUCACGACCUUCUGUACGAUACACCCAGAACACCACGCCAGCUUAGACUUACGGUUUCGCUUACGCCUCCUCAAAUUCACCGCAAUGUCCACGAAGCGUUCAGCGCCAGCAGAGGCAACUCUUCCUGAGCCAGCUCUGAAAAAUCUACGGCAUCGGCGUCAAGAACAAGCUGUUUCUUUCCGUUCCGGCGACAAUGACUUUGCCGCUUUAGACCUUCCCGACUUGACCGAAUUCCUCGCACCACUAAAUGUUAUGGAGAUCAAGAAAGAACACAUAGGUCACGAAUCCACCGGUGGCAACAUAAUGAUGUCGGAUCCACAUGGCCUCUUUCCACCUGCGAUAUCUUUACUUGACACGAUUCCCUUUUUCAUGGCUGUGUCAGCGGCGCAGAUUUCGAUGCAAGAAGGUACAAUCACCGACACCUGGAUGCGAUUGGCAGCCGGCUAUAUGGCACAAGCCGUGGCCGAACAGUACCUCGUCUACGGAUCUCAGCGUCAGGAAGUGCUUCAGGAAGCCUUUGCAUGGGGCUUUGACCCUGAGUGCAGUGCAGAGGACGGAACCGAUGAUUUCCAGAUAAACGCUAUGUUUUGGGGUGUGGAUGCAGUCGUAGAUGGCUGGGACAGAAUCCGCGAUGAGCAUGCACAGGCCUUGCACCUGGAGACGGUAAUGGCAAACGACCUCUCCAUUGCCGAGUUCGAACGACGUCUUAUUGACUUCUUGGACAAAAUGCUGAUGGGUCAAUCGAAACCCUUUCUACUGCAAAUGGAGUCAGGCAAAGUUGAUGGGCUACCACGGAAGAAAAUCAAAGAUUUAUUUGAAGCGAUUGGCAUGAUAUGA